CCUAGAAUACCUUCCGCCGCCACUGCGCUUGUCGAAGCACAAGCCGCUCGCGACCUAGCGGAACAGGACGAACUCGAAUUAGCAUUGUUAGAAGAAGAAAACGUCAGCACUGAUGAUGGCCAUCGAAGUGUUCCCAGAUCACGAAAGGACACCAAUAGGCCAGAGCUGCAGCGCCAGCCGCCGACCGCUACAGUGUCAGAGCCGGCGUCUCUCACCUGUUCAGGCCCAAAUGCGUUGCUGGAUAGUCCUACGCAACGAACUGGAAGAUGGGUUGCUAAGCUCCCAAUAGCCGAUGAGCGUAAUGAGCGACCUCCAGUGCAGCAGCCCCGAAACACGACGCUUCCAGCACUUAAACUUGAAACUUACGACGGAUCACCUCUCGAAUGGCCAAGAUGGAGCGCGCUUUUCAAAGCCUUAGUACAUAAUAAUCCUGCGCUCACCGACACCGAACGUCUAGUCCAUCUCCAGUCGAGCUUGAAAGGCACAGCUCGGGAAGCAGUUCGUGGUCUUUUAUGCGAUGGCACGCUGUAUACCGAAGCACUACACGAACUAGAGCGUCAGUUCGGAAAUCCAAGUCACGUCGUGCGAGCGAACAUACGUGCAGUGCUCGAAUUUACGCCGGUGCGGAGUGAUGAUGAUGUAUCAGCACUCGCAGCGCUGUCAAGCACGUUACACUGCACGGUCAACGUGCUGCAGACGAUGCAGUAUGACGCCGAUUUAGCCGCGACGCAAAAUGUACAACAAGUGGUCGACAAACUCCCCCGCGGUGUCGCCUGGCGUUGGGGAGAAUAUUGCGUGCAGAGAAAACUGCUAGUUCCCACGCUCACGGAACUGAAUGAAUGGCUGCGCAGCUUUGUGGACGCGGGUCGUUUUGUGAGUGAUCCUCCCGCCAGACAGCUACACAGUAGCCACCAGAAAAACCCAAGACACGAAUCUGCUACGAACGCAAAACGGCCGCCACACAGAAGCACUGCAAUGCAUCAGUGGCGCAGCACGGUAGCAGUAACAGGAGCGACCCGUCCAGAUCAGACAGAGGCGCCCGUAAAGUGCAAACAGUGCCAAGGCCUUCACACGGUACCGCACUGCUCCGAGUUUACAGCGCUCUCGCUGAGCGAAAGAGCAUCUGCCGUGCGCCGACUCGGUCUGUGCUGGAUUUGUCUCGGCGAAGGACACGUGGCUCGGAAGUGUGCACUGAAACAGCGAUGCACUAUCACGCCUGACUGUCACGGCCAGCACCACCCGCUGCUUCAUGGUGCGCCGCGAGUGUUUCAGCAGCCAGAGACUGUCACCAUGAAAGCAACAGGAAGACCUAAUCUCGUUGGCACCACGACCGAGAAGGAUCAUAGCAAGGUGGUGCUACAGAUUCUGCCAUUGACGGUAAACGGACCCAAUGGCCGGCGCACUGUAAAUGUGAUGCUAGAUAUGGGCAGUCAAAUUACGCUGAUCAGAGAGCAGCUUGCCGAUGAGCUCGGCCUCCAGGGUCCUACCGAGAGCCUUACACUGGGCACUGUAAGAGACAACAAAAGCUACUCCUCACGGCACGUCGAGCUCAGCCUCAGUCCAAAGGGUUCGAGCCAACACUUCCAUGUUCGAAACGCGAGAACGACCCCAGUUCUGAACGUUGACGGGCCGGCCGUUAACUGGCCGAUUGUGAAGCAGAAGUGGGCCCAUUUGAUGGACCUGGACCUCCCCAGCGUGGAUUCACGGGCCGUAGACAUUCUUCUCGGAUCCGAUGAGCUCGAUCUAAUAGUGCCUCGUGAAGUUCGAGAAGGCCCGCCCGGUGCACCGUGGGCUGUGCUGACACGGCUGGGAUGGGUAGCAACCGGGAGGCUCCCACAAGAGUACAUCGACAGCGACAGCACACGACAAGUCAACCACAUUAAACUGGUGGAAAACUCAGAGCUGCAUGAAAUGGUCACGCAAUGGUGGAAAACCGAUUCGUUCGGAACUAAAUACAGCAACGCCGUAAAUCGCUCGAAAGAAGACGAAGCAGCCCUCGACAUUUUGAAUGGCACUACAAAACGGGCCGGCGAACAGUAUGAGACUGGCCUGCUGUGGAAGUCACCGAAUGUAAAGCUGCAUGGAAACCUUUCUUCUGCUAUGUCCCGGCUGAAUUCGACGGAGAGGAAGCUGGACCGUGACAAAGAGCUAGCUGAGGCCUAUUGUGCCACGAUGACCGACUACAUUGAUAAAGGAUACGCGAAAAAACUGACCUGUGACGAGCUUGAAGUGAAACAUGAGCGCGAAUGGUACUUGCCUCACCAUGCAGUGCAGAGUGCUUACAAACCAGGCAAGACCCGUGUCGUGUUCGACGCUGCUGCGCGACACGGGGGCACCUCUCUAAAUGAGCAGCUGCUCACUGGACCCGAUCUAACCAACAGCUUGGUUGGCAUUUUGAUGCGCUUUCGUCAAAGGCCCGUCGCGCUGGCAGCCGAUAUUAACGCAAUGUUUCACCAGGUGAGGGUCCGUCCGUCUGAUCAGCCUGCCCUGCGCUUUCUAUGGCGAGGGAUGGACAGACUACAACCACCGAGUCACUACCAGAUGCAAGCGCUCAUCUUCGGGGCUGCAUCUUCGCCCUGCUCAGCGACAUUCGUUCUCAGGAAAUGCGCUGAUGAUUUCCAGACAGAGUACCCUGCUGCUGCAGCGGCAGUACACAAACGCUUCUACGUUGAUGACUACUUAGAUUCACUAGAAGACGAAAAUCAGGCCAGCGAGAUGCAAAAGUCGCUAAGCUCUCUACUGGCCAAAGGUGGAUUUAUCCUAUCCAAAUGGGCCAGUUCAUCUACAUCUGUGAUGAAGGGCAUCGACUGCAGGGAUCACAGCACAAUGUCAGUGGACCUCACCAAAGAUGGCCAAAAGUGGGAACGCGCACUGGGGGUGUAUUGGGACACCACAGUUGACAUGCUCACCUUCAAAGCCACUGCCUUCACCCAGCUGGCCACAAAGAGGAACAUUCUGAGUCGGGUAUCAUCGGUUUUUGACCCUCUGGGCAUGCUGGCCCCGUGGGUUCUUCCUGCAAAAUGCCUUCUCCAGAGUAUAUGGAAAGCUGGCUUCAGCUGGGAUGAAGAAAUCAAGGAGCAAAGGCUGAAGGAUGCAUGGGAGAAGUGGACAGCUGAUCUAGAGACGCUGAGCGACUUCAGAGUACCGCGCUGCUACAGACAGUGGCACAGUGCCCCAGUGAACUGCCAGCUUCACAUCUUUGGAGAUGCAUCCGAAGUCGCUUUCGGUGUAGUAGCAUACUUUCGGUACACGUAUGAAGAUGGCCACAUUAGCUGCGCUCUCGUUCUGGCUAAGAAUCGUGUGGCACCCCUGCGCCAGCUCAGCGUUCCACGACUAGAGCUACAAGCGGCUGUAAUGGCUGUACGCGCUGCAGUCUCCAUCAAACAAGAGCAUGACAUCGAGAUUCAUUCAACUCACUUUUGGUCGGAUUCGCGUACCGUCCUGCACUGGAUAAAAAACGAAAGUCGCCGCUAUCAAAACUUCGUAGCGAACCGUAUCGCUGAAAUUCAAGAUGAAUCAGACUGCCGCUCCUGGAGACACGUACCAGGAGUCAUCAACCCCGCCGACGUCUGCUCCCGAGGGUGUGGUCUGAUGGAACUACUGGACAACGACAGAUGGAUCCACGGUCCUGAGUUUCUGAGCCGUCCAGAGACAGAGUGGCCAAUUGAACAACCUGCAAACCAGGAAGAGAACACGGCGCAUACAGAAGAGCGCCGCGAAGUUCGACUCUGCAUCUCGACGACAGGUGAAGAGCACGUCAUCGAUCUAGCGCGAUUUUCAGACUGGCGCAGGCUGUUAAGAGUUACGGCCUGGCUACGCAGGUUUCUGUUCAACAGUCGGAGAGCACAAUCAGAGCGAAAUGGUGGGCCGUUGACACCUGAUGAGCUCCGUGAGGCCGAAAUCCACUGGUGUCGGAAUGUACAAAGAGAGGCAUUCCCUAGAGAAGUGAACGCGCUACAGAAAGGAGAGAAAAUGGCUAGUGACAGCAAGCUUCUGUCGCUCAACCCCUUCAUGGACAGCAGCGGCUUAAUCCGUGUUGGGGGUCGACUGCGCCACGCGACCGUCGUAUCAUACGAAGCGCAGCAUCAGGCGAUCCUGCCCUCCAGACACGAGAUAACAAGAUUGAUUGUGACUGAUCGGCAUCGAACUCUCGCCCACGCCGGUGCGAAUCACGUACUGAGUCAAAUACGGCAGACGCACUGGAUUCUGAAAGGACGCGCCGCCGUCAGAGCUUACACUUUCAAGUGUCCUGGUUGCGCACGAGCACGAGCAACUCCGCAGCCACCUCUGAUGAGCGACCUACCUUCAGCACGUGUCGACUCUACCAGUCCUACCUUUGCGGCCGUCGGACUAGACUUUUUCGGACCAAUCCUGGUGAAGAAAGAUGGAAGAGAGGAGAAGAGAUAUGGCUGCAUAUUUACCUGUCUCAGCACAAGAGCUGUGCAUCUAGAAAUGUCGCAUUCUAUAGACACCGACUCUCUCAUCAUGUGUCUGAGACGCAUGAUGGCAAGAAGGGGACGCCCUCGCGUUAUCUACUCGGAUAACGGAACUGCCAUGAGAGGAGCUGAACGUGAACUCAGAAGAUGCCUCCAAAGCUGGAAUCAGGCGCGGAUAGCAAGCGAGAUGCUGCAACAGAACGUGGAAUGGCGCUUCAGCCCUCCAGCUGCUCCUCAUUUCGGUGGAGCCUGGGAGAGGCUAGUGCGAUCUGUAAAGCGCGCACUUCAGAUCAUCAUCGGGCGACAAGCGCUCACAGACGAGGCUUUGCUCACCUUCCUCACUGAAGUGGAAGCGCUCUUAAACAGUCGUCCUCUCACUCAUGUCAGUGAUGACCCUGAGGACUUCGAAGCUCUGACGCCGAAUCAUUUUCUUUUAGGGCGGGCUUCUCCAAAUCUCCCGCCAGGCGUAUUUCACGACCGCGAUAUCACCUCUAGGAAGCGGUGGCGUCAUGGUCAACGACUAGUGGACCACUUUUGGCAGCGAUGGAGGAGUGAAUAUCUCCCAAACCUGACUGUCAGACACAAGUGGAAGAAAGAAGGACGGGACAUCAAAGCAGGAGAUCUGGUCCUCCUGGCUGAAGAUAACGUUCCUCGAGGCGUGUGGCCUCUGGGCCGCAUCAUCCGCACCAUUCCAGGGGCGGAUGGUCGAGUGAGAGCAGCCGAGGUGAAGACCGCUUCUGGACAGAGAACUCGGCCCGCUGUGCGCCUGUGCGUCUUAGACCUGUAGGGGGUCGUCACAAACUGGUGAUUUAGCCCAACGGCUAAAUCAGGGCCGGCGAUGUUGGAAACGCGAGUGAAUUUGCUUAGCUAAAUGAUCUUAAUUUCCUUUAUUUUAAAGUGCUCAGAUGUCGUAGUUUAUUAUUUUGAAGGUGCUCUGACAGCCAGUGCUGAAAACAUUAUCACGAGCUUUAUUUUUAUCGAGUGAAUGAUGUUGGCGAAAAAGGAGUGAAAAAAACGUGUUAAAAAUGAUAAAAUAGCUUUUAAUCGUGAUCCGAUAAUAAGUUGCAUUUCUGUAUGAUGCAAAACUCGUCCGUCCAGCGAACUCGUCACCGAUAUCGUUAUUUUUUCUUGUAAGUGUGGAAUAUAAUUUGCCUAUUUUCUAUUUAUUUCUUUACCUUUCUGUAACU